UUCUCUUUACACGAUAUGGUUCUAGAGCCAAGCAUCUCAUUCCAGUCUGCUCCAAUGCCAACACAAUGCACGAGGUUUAACUUCCGAACAUUCCGUUGGAUGCAGACAAUGAUUUUUGCCAUUGACGAGAUUAACCGACAUGGAACCCUCCUCCCGAACAUCACACUGGGAUACAAUAUCUAUGAUUCGUGCAGCACCCCUCACCAGGCGUUGAAAGCUGCCAUGGAGUUAAUGGGCAGCAAAGAGGACGCCCGCCACCCAGCAGAGGUCAAAGGUUGUCAUGGGACUGUGCCUGUGGUGAUUGGAGAUGGAGGAUCCACACAGUCUCUGGUCGUUGCUCGCUUCCUGGGCGUUUUCUAUGUGCCACAGGUGAGCUAUUUUUCCAGCUGUGCCUGCCUCAGUGACAAAAAGCAAUUUCCAGGUUUUUUGAGAACAAUGCCCAGUGACUUUUUUCAGGUCGAUGCACUGGUACAACUGGUGAAGCAUUUUGGCUGGACUUGGGUGGGUGUCGUAGCGGGUGAUGACGCCUACGGUCGUGGUGGGGCUAACAUUUUUGCCGAAGAGGUCUGGAAGUUAGGAGCAUGUGUUGCCCUGCAUGAGGUUAUUCCUAAAAUCCAUACACAUGACAAAAUUUCGAAUAUAAUUUCAAUUAUUCGCUCAUCGGGGGCCAAAGUAAUUCUGGUAUUUGCCGUUGAACAAGAUGCAGCAGCUUUAUUUGAUGGCGCACUGAGGGAAGGUCUUACCGGAGGUUCAAUGGGAUUCGCGAUAAGAAGAGUGGAGAUACCCGAGCUGCAAGACUUUCUACUCCAGCUGGACCCAUCCAAGUCUGACUCCAGCAAAAAUCCAUUUCUUAUUCCAUUUUGGGAAGAAGUAUUUCAGUGUAAUUUUGGAGUCUCAAACAGCCAAGAAAAUAUCACCAAAAGAAAACCUGCAUGUUCUGGAACUGAGGAUCUAAAAAGUUUGACAAAUAUUUACUCAGAUGUGUCACAGUUGAGAAUUUCCUACAAUGUAUACAAAGCCGUGUAUGCUAUUGCUAAUGCGCUAAAGGCUAUGCGAGACUGUAAGGAAGGUAAUGGGCCAUUCGAUCGCAACACAUGUCCAGAUAUUGACAAGAUUGAAAGUUGGCAGCUUCUUCAUUACUUAAAACAAACAAAGUACUUUACGAGAUUUGGAGAUGAAAUCCAAUUCGACAGAAAUGGGGACCCUGCAGCUAUGUAUGACCUGGUGAACUGGCAGCUUAAUUCCAACGGAGAAAUGGAUUACGUCACUAUUGGGAAGUUUGAUGAAACCACAGUUACUGGACAACUUCAGAUCACGCAUGGGAAUGUUGUUUGGAACGGAAACCAAACCGAUGUGCCCUUGUCAGUAUGCAGCAGCAUUUGUCCUCCCGGCACCCGCAAGGCAAUCAAACUCAACUUCCCUAUCUGCUGCCAUGAUUGUGUGGUUUGUACAGCUGGGGAGAUUAGCAAUCAGACUGAUGCCAUAGAGUGCGUUCGCUGCCUGCCUGAAUUCUGGUCAAAUGAUGAGCGAACAGAAUGUAUUCCCAAACAAGAGGAGUUCCUGUCCUUCAGUGACACCAUGGGCAUCAUACUAACGACUAUUUCCCUCUUUGGUUCAUUCUGCACCUGCAUUGUGGUCUUCAUAUUCUCCAGGAAUAGAAACACACCCAUUGUUAAAGCCAAUAACUCUGAUUUGAGUUUCCUGCUGCUCCUCUCUCUGACCCUGUGUUUCCUGUGCUCUCUCACCUUCAUUGGAAAGCCAACUCAGUGGUCCUGCAUGCUGCGCCACACUGCGUUUGGCAUCACCUUUGUCCUCUGUAUCUCCUGUAUCUUGGGGAAGACUAUAGUGGUGCUGAUUGCCUUCAGGGCCACACUUCCAGGCAGCAACAUGAUCAAGUGGUUUGGUCCGGCAAAACAGAAGGCAAUCAUUGCUUCCUGUACUCUGACCCAAGUGAUCAUUUGCACAGUGUGGCUGGUGGUUGCUCCCCCCAGCCCUCGUCGCUUGAUGCCUCGUGAGAGUGCUAUAGUGAUCCUGCUGUGUGAGGAGGGGUCUGCGGUGGGCUUCGGUCUGGUUCUCGGCUACAUUGGCUUGUUAGCCUGUAUCUGCCUGCUCUUGGCGUUUCUGGCUCGAAAACUCCCUGGAAACUUCAAUGAGGCCAGACUCAUCACCUUCAGCAUGCUCAUAUUCUGUGCCGUGUGGGUGGCCUUUGUGCCUGCCUACAUCAGCUCUCCAGGAAAGUACGCCACAGUCACAGAGGUCUUUGCAAUACUGGCCUCUAGCUAUGGACUACUAGGAUGUAUCUUUGCCCCAAAAUGUUACAUCAUUUUACUGAGACCAGAGAAGAACACCAAGAAGUAUUUAAUGUCCAAAGCCUCAGACAAAUUUUAA